ACCACCCGUCAAUCCAACCCAUCUUCACAAUGGCCGUCGGACGCAACGCAGCCACCAAGCUCGACUGGGCUAAGCUCUCCCAGCAGCUCUCGCUCAAGGGUGCAACUGCCAACUCCCUUGUCGCCUUCAAGAAGCGCAACGAUGACGCCCGCCGCAAGCUCGCCCAGCUCCAGGGCCAGCAGCAGACUGUCGACUUCGCCUACUACCGUGGUCUCCUGAAGAACUCCGCCGUCAUCGACGACAUUGAGAAGCAAUUCUCCGCUUUCCAGCCCAAGAAGUACGACGUCUCUCGCCAAAUCAAGGUCAUUGAGGCUUUCGAGGCCCAGGCCGUCAAGGCUGCCGAGGAGACCAAGGUUAAGGUCGACGGUGAGCUCAAGGACUUGGAGAAGACAUUGAAGAACAUCGAGGAGGCCAGACCAUUCGAGGACUUGACCGUCGACGAUGUUGCCGCCGCCCAGCCCGAGAUCGACCAGCGCACCGAGCAGCUCGUCAAGAAGGGCCGCUGGAUGGUGCCCGGAUACAAGGAGAAGUUCGGCGAUCUCUCCAUCCUGUAGAGUAUUUUUUCCAUGCCUCUACUUCCUUGUAUCUUCUCUUUUUUGCUCUCCGCCACAAAUUCCCACCCUCCAAUAUACGCUCAACCAACCUGUAUCUUUUGCCGGUCGAAUGGGCUACAACCAAGGCAAAUUUACUUUGUAGCAUAGACAAAAUCGCAUUUGCCCUUUGAUCAAAACGAAAGCAGCGGAUUU